UUACAGCUUUAAAAGGCUGGGUGACUCCCUCCUGAUUAGAUUCACUUCAUCAAACUCUCUCAACACACUUCCCUUCUUAGUUUUAACCAGCACAUGGAAAUGGAGGACCAAAUUGAAAGUCAGAAGAGAAGAGGAAUGAGCAAAGAAGAUUUAAUAUCUGAACGGACAGGGUCUUUGGGAUGCAUUGGUUGGGUCAUAGUCAUUCUCUCUGGCAUCUUCACAGUUUUACUCUUCCCCAUCACCAUCUGGUUUUGUCUGAAGAUUGUUCAGGAGUAUGAGCGCGCUGUCAUCUUCAGACUAGGACGUAUUACAGACAGGAAAGCUAAAGGACCAGGAAUUUUCUUUAUCAUGCCAUGCACUGACUCCUUUAUAAAAGUGGAUCUGCGAACAGUUUCAUUUGACAUCCCACCACAAGAGAUCCUGACCAAGGACUCAGUUACAGUUUGUGUGGACGGAGUGGUGUACUUCCGGGUCAGUGACCCCAUCGCCUCUGUGGCCAACGUGUCCAAUGCUGACUUCUCCACCCGUCUGCUGGCUCAAACCACCCUCAGAAAUGUCCUGGGGACUAAGAAUCUGGCUGAGCUCUUGUCUGACCGUGAGGGCAUUGCUCACAGCAUGCAGUCCAGCCUGGAUGAAGCCACAGACAACUGGGGCAUCAAGGUGGAGCGUGUGGAGAUUAAAGAUGUGAAGCUGCCACAUCAGCUGCAGAGAGCCAUGGCUGCUGAAGCAGAGGCUUCACGAGAGGCCAGAGCCAAGGUGAUUGCAGCAGAGGGUGAGAUGAAUGCAUCUCGUGCCCUGAAGGAGGCGUCCCUCGUGAUUGCAGAGUCCCCGUCAGCCCUGCAGCUUCGCUACCUGCAGACCCUCAGCACCAUCGCAGCAGAGAAGAACUCCACGAUCAUCUUCCCCCUGCCCAUGGAUGUCAUAUCUCACUUCAUGCGGAAGUGAUAGCUCAGAUAAUGCUAUUGUUGCAUGGGUGACAUUUUUUCAGACUGAUUGAAGAAACACCUUUAUGGUGUUUAUAUAUCCAAGCUGUGAUCAGGCCAGACCUGCUAACCAAUGUGAUUCGGAUUAAAUUCAGAGUAAUCUGCAUAGUUUACAUUUCUUUGACAAAAUUUGUUAUGAAACUGCUAUCAUUUGUUGUCAAAAUUAUAUAAUAAACAGUGUCUCAUUCAUGAUUUUAUAUGAUGUAAUAUUGAUCAGUUGCACAUUUUGUUACAUUAAAUAUAAAAUGUAAAACCAA